AUGGCCUCCACGAGACCCGAACCUGGUUCGAACGACCAACAGGUUAUGCCAGCCCAAUCUACGAAUACCCCUCCGCAGGGCGUGGACGCAGCUGUAGCACACAUGGAUGGCGAAACUGCAGGACCUGACUACGAGAGACAGCAGAGGGCACGGCCGAUGCUGCCCAAAGGGGUGCUUCGGCAUUCUCCGGCGUCUCCGGAAGUGGACAUGCAGUCGCUGCCAUAUUCGCCGUUGGGGCUACAGGCUCAGGGAAGCACUUCGGGCCUGUUAGGCCGAAGUACCGGCUGCGAUGAGGUGGAUGCACCGUCUGGGGGAUUUUCUACGACAACAUACGGCGAUGGAGUUUACAACCACUACGAGGCCAAGUACCCCUCCGGCUCCUUCGGUGGGAACUCCGGCUCGUCCUCAGGACCAUGGAAGCUUGGCCGCGGCAGGCUCCUCUACUGCAUGGGGGAGUGCGAGAUGCCCUUCGAAGUCAGCAACAAGGUCUCGAGGUGCAUGUGGACGACCAGAUCCACCUGCAAGGUCCACUACCUGAAGGCAAUCGGGCUCAGUCGCACACAAGUCUUGGUGUACUUGGAGGUGGUCGGGCCUAUAUACAGGAUCCUCUACCAGAAGGCAAUCGGGCUCAGCAGCACACAAGUCUUGGUGUACUUGGAGGUGAUCGGGCCUACACGCAAGAGGCACUACCAGAAAGCAAUCGGGCUCAGCAGCACACAAGUCUUGGUGUACUUGGGGGUGAUCGGGCCUAUAUACAAGAAGCACUACCUGAAAGCAAUCGGGCUCAGCAACACACAAGUCAUGGUGUACUUGAGGGUGAUCGGGCCUAUUUACAAGAUGUUCUACCAGAAAGCAGUCGGGCUCAGCACACAAGUCGCGGUGUACUUGAGGGUGAUCGGGCCUAUUUGCAAAAUGGUUUGGCGGAUAGCAGCCGGGCUCAGCACACAAGUCGUGGUGUACUUGGGGGUGAUCGGGCCUACAAUGGUCCGGAUAGCAGUCGGGCUCAGCACACAAGUCGUGGCGUACUUGGAGGUGAUCGGGUCCCUUUUAGCUUUGAUGAGCGUGAUUCACAGGUCACAGUGGGCCCCAAGCAUAGACGUGAAGAGCGUGUCGGAAGGUCGUCUCCAAGGAGUGCCACUCCCGAGCUUCGAGGGCGAACCGUAUCUGGAAGCCCAGGCCGUGGUGUUCGUGCUGGCUCUGCCAAUGCUCUUCAAAGGGGUCGUUACCUUAGGCCUGACAGCCCCGGAUGGACCCAAGCAGCAGGACCCUCAGAGGGAUGACGGUGUGGCCUUUUCCGCGGCGCCGCCUACCAUGCCGAGUACUCCUGAGACAGAAGCGGGUGAGACGCUGGACCUGGAGCUGAAGGGCGUGCAGGAGCUUCCGAAGUUGCCGGAGUACACGCCGGAGUCCGGGGCCACGGAUUUUCAGGAUUACCUGUACCUUACGGAGCAACAAGUUGGAAGCUUGGCCUCAGGGGCGGCAGAAUGGUGGCAGCAGACGCUUGGUGUGGCUCAGACUGCGUAUGCCGAGUAUCAGUCGCUGUCGCCGAUGAAGCGCCUCAGUGUGAAGGCCACCCUUACGCCCGAGCUCAAGGCCGACAAGUACAAGAAGCUGGAACGGAAGGUGGCCUCGCUCGUUUUGAGCUCACUCCCCAAAGGGGUACGAGAUGAGUUAAUAGCUCAUCGGGUGCAGGGGCUGCACCAGAUCCUUUUCAGGCUGAUGGUUGUUUUCCAGCCGGGUGGCGCGCAGGACCGCGCACAGCUGUUGAGGCAGCUAGAUGUCAGUGAGAGGGUUCGCUCUUUGUGCAACAUUGUGAAGAAGACGGCGGAGCAGUUCGGGGACUUUAAGUUCCGUGUAUCCUUGGCGAAGACGGAGCUGCAGAUCGACUCGAGGCCGUCCCGGGCGAAUGUGCUGAGGUUUCUUCAACACCUGCUUGCAGAGUUGGAACAGCUUGGAGGAGGUGUCAAGAAGAACGUGCCGGCGGUUCCUCAUGGGGCCCCUACAACGACUGCUACCAGUACGGCACCCGCUGCUCCAUCCUUGAAAGGCGUGCAACCUUCGGUGAAGUCUGGAGCUGGCGCCAAGGCGAAGGCGAAACCCGGGGCUCCAAGCCCUAAGAAGCCGUGCCAGUGGUUUGGAACGGAUGGUGGAUGCCGGAAUGGGAAGCAAUGCUCGUUCGUUCACUCCUGGACCGGCCUCAAUCGGGGCGAGAGGUGCUUGUUGUGUGGCUCCAAGCACCACAGAGCGAAGGAAUGCAGCACGAGAGACCAGGCCUUGCCUGAAAGGCCACCGCCGCCACCAAAGGCUACGGCAGCGGCGUUGGGAACUACAUCUGCUCCCCCUCCGGCAAUAGCGCCCUCUCCCGCGAAGGCAAGUGCAGCUUCGUCUGGUCAGGCUCCUUCAUCGUCAGCCACUACAAGCAGUGCUGCCUCCUCGGGAGGUACCAACAACAAGAUCGAUGCGGCUAAGAUGACUGAGAUCUUGAACGAGACCAACAAGAUGUUGAAGGCUUUCACCUCACAGACCGAGGCGGAGGCACCACCGGUUCAGCCGCAGUUGGACCCGCUCGCCUUGAUCCAGCAACAGCUUGAUGAAGUUCGGAGGCUGAAAGCCAUUUCAGUGCGGCCACCGAAUGAUCAAGGGUUCUACUUCGGUGGCUAUUGGUGA